UCAUUUUUGUAAAAAGAACAAAUUAAUUAUCGCCCCAUUACUUUUCACUAAUUAUAAUUCUCCACAUAAACAAAACUAUUAUUUGCAAUUGCAUCUCUAUCUAUCUCUUCCCGCCUAAUCUUUCUUCUCAGAAAAAAUGUCAGAUAAUCCUUUACAGCCAAUCUUUCUAACCCUACAGAAUUUUUCAAAUUGCAUUCAAACCCAUGUCUCCAAUUUUCUAGCCCAGCAUAAUAAUUUUCAAUUAUCAAUUGAUAGUAAAAAGCCAGUCUUUUCAAUUUCAUCCUCCUCUCAAAUAAUAAACCCAUCAAAUGUUGACACUAAUCUUUUCAAUAAGGGAAAAUCUGCUGCACCAGUGACUAAAGAGGAGCUUGGAAGAGCUACUUGGACUUUCCUUCACACUCUUGCUGCUCAGUAUCCGGAAAAUCCAACCAGACAACAGAAGAAGGAUGUAAAAGAACUGAUGGGAAUAUUAUCUCGGAUGUACCCUUGCAAGGAAUGUGCAGACCAUUUUAAAGAAGUUCUAAGAGUAAAUCCUGUACAAGCUGGAUCCCAUGCUGAGUUCUCUCGAUGGUUAUGCUAUGUUCAUAAUGUAGUUAACAGAAGCAUCGGCAAAUUGGUAUUUCCAUGUGAGCGAGUUGAUGCAAGAUGGGGCAAGCUAGAAUGUGAGCAAAGAGCAUGCGAUCUACAAGGAAUUACAUCAACUUUUGGAGAUUAAAAAAGCUAUUAACUUGUUGAUGCAUUUUAAUAAAACUAGUGUCGCUUUACGUGUUUCACACGUGGCUCGUAGUGUGAC